ACGAUAGGCCGAAUUGGCUUGGAUGUCGAUAUCUUCAACCCCAGCGAUUCUGCGACUCAGGACGGAGCCCAUCUUCUUCUUCCUCCGCCGUUAGCUAGCAGCCCAGACGACCGACGACGUGUGACCGACAACAGUCGCAAGGCGCGCGCGUCAAGUUCUCAAGGGUGUUGUCAGUGGAGCUUUAUGUCCAACACCUUCCACUCUAGCAUGUCCAGUGAUCCCCCUCCUCCAUAUCCAGGAGGUCCCAGCGCCCCGCUCAUUGAGGACAAAAAUGGACAACCAGCUCCAGUGAGAACAGCGCCCCUGCAAGGACAACCUCUACCUCCAGACUAUGGACCACCCCCUUACGAGGGCCCGCACCCAGGGUUCCUCCCUCCACAUGUUCCUGGAGAGGGGCCCAUGCCCAUGCCCAUGCCCAUGCCCCCACCACCUCAAGGAGGCGCCUACCCUCCACCGCCGCCCGGCCCCUAUCACCACCAGAUGGGCCCUGGCCCCUUCGUCCAUAUGGGGGGCCACACGGCGACCGUCAUGGCUCCGCCGGGCGCCGCCACCACCGUGACCGUGCUCCAGGGUGAAAUGUUCCAGACGUCGCCGGUGCAGACGGUGUGUCCGCACUGCCAGCAGGCCAUCGUCACGCGCAUCUCGCACGACGUGGGCCUCAUGAACACACUCUUCUGCCUCUUCUGCUUCUUCGUCGGGUGUGAUCUGGGCUGUUGCUUGAUUCCCUGUCUGAUUGACGACCUGAAAGAUGUGACACACACCUGUCCUUACUGUAAGGGCUACAUCUACACAUACAAGCGUAUAUGCUAACCACCGACAUGCACACACAGCUCCCCCUGCUGGUAGUUACAGGCUUUUUCCCUCCCCUCUUGGUUUGUGUAUAUACAGUCUGUCUUCAACCUCAUACAUUCAUGCACACCACUGACUGCUUUUUAUUUGUAUUAAGUGAAGGCCAUGUUACACGUGUCACUGAAGAAGACUCAACAUUAAGAAUCGCUGUGAAACUUAUCACUUUAUUUGAACUUAUCUGUGAAUCUCGCCAUGAAGCAAGCCGGCUGGGGUUGAUCUUUUUUAAUUGUCUUUUUCUUAUUUAUGUAAAGUAUUUUAUUCUUUGUUUUCCCAUCUUCAAAUUGAAAACUGUGAGCAUUUGUGUCCUUCCUUCUGACUUAUUUCUCUCUUUCACAACUCCUAUCUCAAAUGCAGUCUUGCUCAUUUUUGACUUUUAUAUUUAAUUUUAGUAUUCCAAGCUUGGUUCAGUAUGCACAUAAUUAUAUAACAGCAAUUUUCUCGUUUAUGCCCUUUGUUCCGUGAUGUACUUUUAAUAAGGCAAACAUUUGCACUUUAAGGACAUGUUUCCCUCUGAUACAUCAUAAAAGCCUGUCUGCCAUCACAGUGAAAGCUUUUUGUGUUAAUAUCGUUGCACUUAAUCUGGAUAUGUGCAAAGCAAAGGUUCCAAACUGUCUGUACGAGCGUAGGCAGAUUUUGGCACUCAUUGUAGAUUUUAUCUUAACUGCAGGCUGAAUGUUUGUCACCGCCGCAGUAAUUAAGAAUGUUGGAGAACAAGUUACAUUGAUAUCAAGGUCAUUAGUCCCCCAUGACCCCUUUUUUUAACUUUAUGAUGACCUACAUUGCUUUCAAGCAUGACUUAAGUCUACAAUUAACAUAAUUACUAAAAUAGGCUGUUACAUAUAGUACCUAUUGGCAUUAAAACAAUGAUUUGACAGCAUGCCCAUUGUGUAGCUCACGUAAACGCUGAGCCUAAAUAACGGCAUAUUUCUGACUUGUGUUUGAGUUGCUAAGCUGUACAACAAGACAAAUCUACUUCUUCAGAAGGUAUUACAUUAGUACUGUAUGCCCUUGUGCUGGUGGGGAAACAUGCAGGUCUGUGUUGCUCUCUAAAUGUACGUCAAGGUUUGUUUUGACCAUUGUAUACAGGCACUAUUUUAUCAAUAAAAGUCUGAACAUCA